GAACGAAAUUUCCAACACCAACAGCGCCCAUGCUCGCGAUAUACCUGUCCGCUGAAAAGUGGUUGUUGGGACGCUAAAACUGUACCUCAAUAAAAAAGGAAAGUUACUUCAACGACCACGUCAAAGAUGAAGCCAACGCAUUUGGCCGCUCUUUUUCUCAUUUACGCAUAUGCUGCGUGCGGAGAAGAGGUGGAAGUGCAAGAACGAGAAGAUGAAGUCAUCAGGUUAGGGCUACACUUUGUUUAUGACAAGGCAUUUUCGGAUCGAGCGCUCUUCAAAGUGAACGAAAGUUACGAUGCCUACUUCACUGCACUUACAAGAGCCGCCCAGGAGUUCUUCAAGGUGCAUGAAGAUCCUAAAAUAAUUCUCACAAUGGUCGGAUCAUCGCAGCUUGAGGAGGAAGACAUAGUUGCAAAUACUACUGCAGCGGGAAAUAAGUUAAAUGCAUCGGAGACUCUGGACAAACUGGGCAAGAUAUUUACUUGGAAUGAAACCUUCAACGCCAGUGUAGACAUCGUAUUUCUUGCGACAGGGAUGCAGCUGUAUAUAAAAGAAUCGUGGAUAACCGGGGAGUGGUAUGGACUGGCUUAUCCCCGAUCCAUAUGUUUCGGAAACGCUUCAGUGGGAAUUAUUCACGACGAUGGUGCUACCUUCAACGGCGUACGUCUCACAGCACUUCAAGUAGCACUUCUCUUAGGGGCACGUAAAGAUAAUGGCAGGUGGGGCGAAUGUCCGCAAAAUGAAGAACUGCAUUACCUGACAUCCUCCUCGACUGGUGGACGCAUACCAUACCUGUCUGAAUGCAGCAGAGAGUCAGUUCGAGACUUUUAUUAUCGUGUCAAUGACGGCAAACACGAUCUUUGCUGGAAUGACAUACCAAAACCUGCUCUCGAGGUUGAUAUCGGUUUUCCUGUGGAUUUUUACAAGCAAUUCGAUUGCGAUCAAUGCCAUGUUGCAGAAUACUUCAGAAAUAACACUGCGACUCGCCAAACUCGCCAACCACUAAAUUGCUCGCUAUCAACAAUUAACCGCAACAUCGACCACUGGGGCAGGACGACGACGCGCCGUCGCUACCGUAGGACUGGAUAUCAAUAUUGGCGCCAGAGGCGCACGACAACAGUUUCACCUUACAAGAACUGCAAACAGGAGUGUUGUCGGUUCAUCCGCUACAACGGAACUGGACAUGGCGGGUGGUGGGAUUGCUGGUACACUCGUGCCGCUGACGGGACAGUGUGUGACUCGCAACGGGUGUGCUUGGACGGCGAGUGCUCCUUGGACUAUUGGGACAUGGGCAGACGAUGAAUUUGGCUUUAUUUGGCUUCUCUUCUUUUCUAUAUUUUUCUUUUUCGCGCGAACGCCAAGGAUAGCCAUAAGGUGCCAGCGAAAUACUAACUGACUCUGGAAUGCUUAUGAUAAUAAACAACGUCGCUUGACAUCUUGAGCUACACCAA